AGCCCAGGCCUUGAAGGAGCCCCGGAAGGUGAGGCUGUGCCUGAGUUUUGGGCCUCUCUCUUUGUCAGACAGAUCUGUAGCUCAAUGGGAACCUUCAUAGGUCAUGUGUAUCCAGGGCUGUUUUUGGUCUUAUAUGGACUCUAUCAGGCAAUAGUGGUCUCCAAAGCUGUGAUACUCAAUGACUCUCUCCUGCAUCCUUCAUGUCCUCUCAGGAGUAAGGGAAGAUGGGCCAGUCUGUGGAAAAUAUCCUAUGGAGGUUUGUUGAAGAUGGUGGCUGGUUCCCUCUUGAUAGCUUAUGAGGUCAGUUGCAUUAAAGGAGGGCUGAUACUGAUGAACAGGGAGCUGCCACCAAGGUUUAUGUACCCCAAAGAGUGGCAGCACCUUACCAUGUUCACCCUCCUCACUCUCAACGGCUGUAUAGACUUCCUGAGCAAGAACAUACUACCUCAGAGAUGUGUGGCCCUAGAAAAAUGUACUCUGGUCCUUUCCUUCUAUGAGCUUCUGCUGCUAUUCGUGUCCCAUGUGAAGGACUCGGCUGGGGUAGAGCUGCAAGUUCACUCCCUGCUCAUCUUGGUGGUGUUCCUACUGACACUGGUGCUCACCGCAGAGCUGUGGGCUCCCAACAUGUUUCACCUCUGGCUGAUUGAGACCUUUCUGUUUCUGAUGAUGGGCUCUUGGCUGAUGCAAGCAGGCUUCAUUCUAUACAGACCAAUCUCCAGCUAUCCAUGGCAGGAUGACGACAUCAGUGACAUCAUGUUCGUCACUACUUUCUUCUGUUGGCAUUUGAUGAUCAACGCUUCAUGCCUGUUGGGCAUCUAUGGUGUCUGUUCCUUUUGGCAUCGUUAUUACAGUCCCAGCUUGAAGCUGAAGGCAUCCGAAGAAGCUCCCUAUCACGCGAGCCCUCCAGGGCCCCUCUACAAGUUACUGCAAGAAGUGGAGCAGUCAGAGAAUGAUGACCAGGCUCUUCUCCUUUCCAAGAGCUCACCCUGAGAUAGGGUCUAGAAAGCCUGGGACAUGGUCCACCCCAACCUCCUCCUGUGCAUCCUCUCAGCCAUGUGUAUGUGCCCUCUUUGGUCCCCAGUGAAGGUAAUGGCCCUAAAGGACUGUGGGUGUUCCCCACCAUUGCUUCUGUCCCUGGGCCUCUAAUCCUGGAGGGGAUGAAGAGGGACUUACGAAAGGGAUGCUGAUGAGGUUUAGGGAAGGGGGUGGGGAAGAGGACCAGGGCAAGAAAUCAGUGUGCAAAGAAAGGUGUUGGGGUGAGACGAUACAGGAGAAGGGAAGCAGAGUCUCCAGCGAUGCUGGCACAGCUGCUUCCCUGCGCACAAUAAAGUCUCACAGUUCAAAACAACUCAUUCAAGUUCCGUCCUGAUAAAGUGGGUACUUUCAUGUGUGCACUAAGUGUCACUGCCAUGCAGAAGUAGUGAAAUAGAACUUAUAAUUUACACAGGUUGAAAUUAUGCUUGUCUCCUCCACCUCACCUUGACUUUGAAGGUU